CACAGUCCUGAGCUCAUCUGCUCUGCUACUUUCACAAUGGCCUCGAUAUCUUCUCGAGAGGAUAUUUCGAAAAACGAUGGAGUGGCCACGGAAAAGCACACGCGACCGCAUACCAGUUAUAUGGAGGGUGAAAUCGAAGUUGUCGAACAUAACAGCGGUCUCCAACGGAGCAUGGGCAAUCGACAAGUCCAACUUCUCGCAAUUGGAGGUUCAAUUGGAACCGCGACCUUCGUUAGCAUUGGAAUAACACUGUAUCACUCUGGACCGAUUGGUCUGCUGCUUGGAUUUGCCAUUUAUUCUUGUAUCCUGGCAUUGGUCAAUAAUGCCGUCGCCGAAAUGGUUGUCUUUAUGCCCGUCACCGCUUCUUUCAUUCGCCACGGUAGCAAAUGGGUCGAUGAUGCCUGGGGAUUUAUGGCCAGUUGGAAUUUCUUUUUCUAUGAAGCCGUCUUGAUACCCUUUGAGAUUACGGCUCUCGGAUUGGUUUUGUCGUUUUGGCGCGACGAUAUCCCUAUCGCCGCUAUCUGUGCAGGAUGUUCGGUGCUCUAUGGGUAAGCGAAAGUAUCUGUCUAGUUGUGACCAUGCAGAUAGUGCCGUAUAAACUCCUAUUUUAGCAUUCACUGACUUCUUCCUAGAAUCAUCAACUUGCUUCCAGUCAGUUACUAUGGCGAAACCGAAUUUUGGCUCUCGGGAGGCAAAGUGUUGCUUCUAGCCAUUCUAUAUUGUUUCACAUUUAUCACGAUGGUAGGAGGCAAUCCUCAGCACGACGCUUAUGGUUUCCGCCAUUGGAAAAGUCCCGUAAGUUGAAAAGAGAGUUCCCACCACGUAUUGAAUAUUGCUGAUCACGAAACUAGGGACCAUUCGUCGAAUAUCUUGCUAGUAGAAAUAGUGGAAAAUUUCAAGGUUUCCUGGCGUCUUUGUGGUCAGCCAGCUUUGCUGUCGUUGGGCCUGAGUACCUUGCCAUGGUUGCAGGAGAAGCGAAAUUGCCCCGAACCACGCUCAAAAGGGCUUUCAAAACUAUAUAUGCCCGUAUGGCGUUGAUGUUUGUUGGAUCGGCGCUUUGUGUUGGAAUUGUGAUCGCUUCCAACGAUCCUACCUUGGUUGCCAUUGCUAACCGCACAGCUCCUGGAAGCGGUUCUGGUGCUGCUUCACCUUACAUCAUAGCCAUGACAAAUCUGGGGAUUGGAACUUUACCUCACAUCGUCAAUGCACUUCUGGUUACAAGCAUCUUCUCGGCUGGAAACACUUACUUCUACUGCGCGAUUCGUUCGUUGCAUGGAUUGGCUGAAGACGGCCAUGCACCCAAGAUGUUCAAAAAGUGUAUAAAAUGGGGCACUACUAUCUACUGUUGGGCUAUAGUUAUGGCCUUCCCUUUUCUUUCUUUCCUACAGGUAUCUAACUCAAGUGCUGUAGUCCUGACUUGGUAUGCUCUGAAAGAUUGGAUGUAUACGCUAUAGUACUAACAAAGUUCUAGGCUCAUCAAUCUUGUCACGGCCACGACUCUCAUCGAUUACAUCGUCAUGUGCGUCAACUUCCUCUUCUUCUUCCGAGCUCUAAAAGCUCAAAAAUACGACCGUGAUUCACUUCCCUAUAAAGGAUUCUGGCACCCAUGGAGCACAGUCUUCGCGCUCUGUUUCGAAACUCUCGUUCUCGGAGGGUAUGGAUAUUCCACAUUCCUGCCUGGCGCCUUCACGGUAGCAGACUUUUUGAGUUACUAUACAAUGGUAUUCCUGGCUAUCUUUCUCUUCGGAUUCUGGAAGUUGGUUAAGAGAACUAAGAUGGUGAAGCCGGAAGAGGCGGAUUUAGUCUGGGAGAAACCGAGUAUUGAUCGGUAUGAGGAACAGAGUACCGAGACUUCUGUGGGAUUUACCACUUUUGUCAAGGGUUUGCUUGGGAGGAAAAAGCAUGUUCAUAGUGCUUGAUCUGGUUAGGCCAUGUUUUUAAAAGUACAUUUAUU